CAGUCAAACAAAGAUGGCAGACGGCGACGGAUCAGACGGCCACCGCAAGCAAUGGGCCGCUGCCAGGAAAAGACCUGGACGCUUCUGCUUCUGCUACUAGCCUCCACUCAUGUCACCAUCUCCAAAGAAACCGCCAAAGAGCCAGAAAGUCAAGCCGUAGCCGAAAAAGUAGCCGACACAAAAAUGCUAACGGGAGACAGCAGUAAUGAACUCGUGGCCUUAGAGACUGGCUAUGGUGGGCACGGUGGGCACGGGGGCCAUGGUGGUUAUGGCGGCUAUGGCGGACACCACGGAGGACACGGACACGGACAUUCGGGACACGGCUAUGGGCACGGCGGCUACGGACACGGAAACCGGCACUACGGCGGACACGACGCCGGACAUUAUGGAGGGCACGGCCAUCAUGGAAGUAGAGGGUACGGCGGGCACGGAAGCGGGCACUACGGCGGACACAGGAACCACGGAUCGUACGGCGGCCACGGACAGAGGCACGGACACUGGAAGCACCACGGACAGCACUGGAAGGACCGCGGGUGGGGCCACGAGCGCAAGUGGGGCUGGGACAAGGGAGGCGGAAGCCACGGCGGCUACGGUGGACACGGCCAGAGCCACGGACACUGGGGUCAUCACGGAAACCAGGGACACUACGGGGGCCACAAGCACGGACACCACGGCCACGACCACUACGGCGGACACGGGCACUACGGCGGACACAAGAGGGGACACUACGGGGGAUCGCACCACGGACAUGGUCAUCACGGUCACGGGCACGGGCACAGGGGAUAUGGGCACGGGCACUACGGUGGACAUCGCGGACAUCACGGGCAUCAUGGACAUCACGGCGGAGGCUACGGCGGCUAGUAUCUUCUCUUUGGAAAUGGGGUCAUCUCACGGAAGACGGGCGAAUCUCCUCACCGAGUCAAACAACAUCACACUUCGGCAAACAAAAGAAAAAAGAAAGAUGGGGAACAAGAUAUAAAAAUAAGAGAAGUCACGCUUUGUCUAAUUUAUACGGGGUAAUUCCAAACGUGCCCCGCUCUCCAUCCUUAUUAACAAUAAAAAAUAUUAAAAACAUUCUUCCUUACACCCAGUCUAACUAUUUCUUAGUCAUGUAAACCCCCCUCUUCCGCACACUUCAUUACCAACGUGUCGACAAGGGAGCGAGCCAUCUACGUCCACGGUACACAAGCCGGAGAAACGGGUGCAUAUAU